AUGGAUGCUGCAUCCCUCUUUGACGUUAAAGGCAAGGUUGUGCUGGUCACAGGCGGUGCCAAAGGAAUUGGCCGCAUGAUCUCCGAGGGAUAUGUUGUUAAUGGCGCAACUGUGUAUAUAACUGCCCGAGAUAUCAAGACUUGCGAGUCGGUCUGUCAAGAGUUGAACGCUCUUGGAAAGGGCAAGGCUUACGCCAUCCAGGCGGACUUAUACAAAGAAGAAGACUGCAAGAAACUCGCUGAGGAAUUUGGAAAGCGGGAAUCUAAACUCAAUAUUCUUGUCAACAACGCCGGCUCCAACUGGGGUGCUCCUUACGAUGAAUAUCCAUCAUCCGCCUGGACUCGUGUCCUUACACUCAAUCUUCACCGCGUUUUCAACGUCACACAACUCUUCACUCCUUUCCUUGAAAAAGGUGCCGGUGAAUUGGACCCAGCAAGGAUAAUAAAUAUUGGAAGCGUUGAUGGACUACGAGUUCCGGCUCUGGAGACUUUUGCCUACAGUGCUAGUAAAGCUGGCCUCCACCAUCUUAGUAGGGUCCUAGCAAACCAUCUAGGAAAGAGGAAUAUCACGUCAAACACUCUUGCUUGCGGCCCAUUCCAAAGCAAGAUGAUGAAGGCGACUCUAGACAAGUUCCAGGAGGUAAUAGAAGCUGGAAUUCCACUUGGCCGUAUCGGCACACCUCAGGAUGUCGCCGGUGCCUGUCUGUUCUUGAGCAGUCGUGCUGGAGCAUACAUAAAUGGCUCUACCAUCACUGUAGAUGGCGGAAGCGUCGUUGGAUCAAAGCUAUAA